AUGUACGACAGCCAGGCAUGCGGAUUGGCGCCCACCUCCGCCUCAGAAUCCACCCGGAACACUGACGGUGCGGAGAUAAAAUUGAGCCGGCCGGUGGAGGACAAGAAUCCUGUGGUGAUUGGGCGGCUGGGGCGCAAUCCGGACCUGCCCACUGUCACCUUCUACGGCCACUACGACGUGCAGCCGGCCAUGGAGCGCGAGUGGAACACCGACCCCUUCGAGGUCGCCGCCAUCGACGGCUACUUCUACGGCCGCGGCACCUCCGACAACAAGGGGCCCAUCCUGGCAUUUGUGUACGCGGUGAAGGAGAUGCUGAAGGAGGGGCGCGGCGCCAACGGGCUGCUGCCGGUGAACGUGGCGUUUGUGUUUGAGGGGGAGGAGGAGAACGGCAGCGCAGGCUUCCGCGAGGCUGUGCAGGCCAACCUGCACUGGUUUGAGGGCACCCAGCUCAUCAUCAUCUCCAACACCCUCUGGGUCGGCGAGGAGGUGCCGUGCUUGACGUAUGGGAUGCGGGGGAUGAUUGCUGCAGCGGUGGAGGUGAAGGGGCCGGCCAGGGACCUGCACUCCGGCAACGAGGGCGGCGUGUUCAACGAGCCGCUGGCGGAUUUGAUGAAGGUGCUGGCAAGCCUAGUGGACAGCAGCAACCGCAUCCUGGUGCCCGGGUUCCAGGCGCUCGUGCGGCCCAACACGCUGGAGCCCGCCCUCGAGCGCCUGGCCGCCUCCUCCGAAUUCUCCCUCGACGGCUACCGCGCCGCCCUCGGCAUCCCCUGCCUCGUAAAGGCUCAGAGCACGAGCGAGCUGCUGCGGGCGCGGUGGUGUGAGCCGGCGCUGAGCGUGGUGGACGUGAGGGUGGGGGACGACGAGGAGGGCGCGGGGGACCCCUUCUACCGCUUCGGCCCCACCCGGUUCUCCGUCAUCCCCCGCUCCGCCGUCGGCAACGUCUCCGUUCGCUUCGUCCCCGACCAGGAUGCGGAGCAGCUGAUAGCGGCGCUGCGGGCGCACGUGGACACGGCGUUCAGCGCGUUGGGCAGCAGCAACACGGCGGCGGUGCGCGUGAAGAGCGUGGGGGACUGGUGGGAGGCGGACCCGGAGAGCAAGCUCUUUAAGAUGGCCGAGCGCGCUCUGACCGCCGAGUGGGGGCGUCAGCCCCUCUUUGUGCGUGAGGGCGGCACCAUGCCCGUGGCGUCAGCGCUGGAGAAGAUGCUGGGAGCGCCGGCGCUGCUGGUGCCGUUUGGGCAGUCCAGCGACGCGUGCCACUUGGCCAACGAGCGCCUGCAGCGCAUUAACCUCAUCCGCGGCAAAAAUGUCAUCAAGAACCUGCUCUGCAUGCUGGAAAACGCCUGA